CCUGCGUUUUCCAGCAUGGUGACCUCUUGACGAUGUAAACAUGCUUCGAGAAAAUGAUUGAGAAAAUAAAAUAUUUCCCAUCCCAUAAAUGAGAUUUCAACAAGGUAUGUAGUUAUAUUUAUUUUGAUGUAAUUUGCACUUCGUAAUCUUUUCGUUUUGUUUCUGGUUCAUCGGAUAAAGGCUAUCUCUCGUUCUUGUUUCCAAUUUACAUGAACUAAUGGCCGUGCAAAUGCCCCGUGCUGGACGUCUUAUUGUGUAUAGACUAACGCGUACUGUCACAUCCACCCCAGGACAUCACAGACACAGGGACAUUUGUAUAAAUCUCAAUUCAAGUAGACUGGAUAGAAAAAGUUUUUCAACAAGCUGUUUGAACUUCAACAAGGAUGUUAGACACAACUCUGAUCCAUCACUCUUGAAUACCAAACGAUCACUGCUGUGUAGAAAGAGGUCCCUCUCGCCUCUUGAGAGAGUCAGUAGCCUGCUUCCCCGGGAUGUAUUGAGCCCUGAGGUGAUGCAGCUGAGAGAACAGAUUCAGCCACCUGAAGAGGAUACACACAUGCAAAAAGACCAACGCCAUGCCGAUACUUCGUCCAUGUUGUCUACACAAGAGCAAACUUCUGGUUUGGACACAAGAGACGAAUCACUGUUGAAAGAGUGUGACUCAAAUUCACAGGACCCAUUAAAUGCGGAACUAUGUACGUCACCUACACUUCCAAAAGAGACGACACUUGCAUACGGGGAGCUGCUCAUAGCUGAGUAUCGUAGGAAAAGGGAUGUGGAUUUCAGGAAGAUGUUCCAGCUGCAGACAGGAGCACGUCUGCAGAGCAGCUGGGGGAUUGUCCUGCAUGACGAUGUAGCUGGGCAACCUGCAGGUCAUUUCCACAGGACAAGCCGACAUGUUCCCAUCUACAUACGACGUGCCAGUUUGGAUGAUUACGUGCUGAAUAUGAAGAGGGGUCCUGCCAUCUGCUACCCAAAGGAUGCCAGCACUAUGCUGAUGAUGAUGGACAUCACAGAGGGAGACUGUGUGCUGGAGUCGGGCACUGGUUCUGGGGCCAUGUCUCUGUUUUUGUCUCGAGCAGUGGGCUGCAGGGGCAGCGUGCUGAGCAUUGACAUCAGGGAGGAUCACCUCAAAAGAGCUAUGCUCAACUAUGAGCGCUGGAGGGCCUCGUGGAGAGCACGGCGUGGGGAGGAGUGGCCCGACAACAUUCAGUACCAUAACGCUGACCUAUGCACAGCUUCAUCUCUUUUGGCCUGUCAGGGAUUCAAUGCGGUUGCGCUCGAUCUGAUAAACCCACACCUUGUUUUACCGACGGUGAUUCCACAUCUGCACCCUGGCGCUGUAUGUGCCGUCUACCUUGCCAAUAUAACACAAGUCAUGGACCUGCUAGAAGGAAUUCGAUGCUCAGCGCUCCCUUUGCUGUGUGAACGCAUCAUGGAGGUUCCGAUCCGGGAUUGGCUAGUGAGCCCAGCCCUUCUUAAAAAUGGGCAGUACUGCAUGAGGAAGGCUCCGUUUCUCAAUGAAGACCAGAGAGAAGAGGACAUGUCAGAUAAGGCUGAACAAGAAAAUCCAGCCUUUGGGAGUGUGCCCUACGUUGCCAGACCUCACCCGGAGCAAUUUAGUCACACAGCCUUCCUGGUGAAACUAAGGAAGUUUGUGGGGUAGCUGCUCAGCCGUAAGGAGAAGAGAAGAUCGUCUGACACUUGAUUCAUACUCUUUUGUAAAAUAAAACUGAGAGAAGGAUCAAAA